AUGCUUUUUAGAACCAUAAAGCUUCUCACUCUCUUCAUCUUUUUUACUCAGAUGAAGAAGAAAACAACCUAUCAUGGAAGGUGA